CUCGUCUUUCAGCAUUCUCAUUAAUUACACGCCGCACUAAUUAGGCUGUAACGGAAUAGCGAAAGGAUUACCCGGAGUAUCACCUGGUUGCCGGUCCUAUGAUUUACUCUGCUUUAGCCCGCUCUAAUCUGCCAUCCGUAAUGCUUUCGCCAAAUUUACGGCUAUACUUCUGGUAUUUCCCCAGUUGUCUUGUCACGCACGAGCGCUGUUCAAACAAAAUCGAGUGGAAUCGAGUCCAGUCAUCACAGUCAGUCAACCUUUGUGGCUCCCCAGCCUUCGGCAGACCCAUUGAACCAACAAACAAUGGCAGACGACCCGACUUCAUUACAAGCCCAUUAAAAGCGGGCCAAAAUUUGGCUAUAUAAAGCGACCGGCGGAGUGGUAGAAAAAUUUUAUUUAUUUCACGGCACCACAGUGAAUCACAACACUAUAAAUAUGCAUAAAUAUACCAUUUGUUUUGGUUUUUUACUAAUUAUUCUGGAAUGUUCGUUGGCGGCAUUUAACUGCUCAGCACCGCCGAAUUUCAAUAACUUUGACAUCAACACUUGCUGUCGCACUCCGGAAUUGGAUAUGGGUGAUGUGCCCCAGAAGUGCCACAAAUAUGUGAGUGGCUUAAAGUCGGCGAACUCCAAGUAUCCCAGCAAUGCUCAUCUGUGCUAUCCUGAUUGCAUUUACCGCGAGACGGGCGCCAUGGUCAAUGGAAAGAUUAAAGUGGACAGAGUUAAGCAGUACUUGGAAGAGCACGUUCAUCGGCGGGAUCAGGAAAUUGUUUCUCACAUAGUGCACUCCUUCGAGUCCUGUCUGUCCAACGUUAAAGGUCACAUGAAGUCAUUGAACAUUGAGUCCUACAAGGUGCUGCCCCAUGGCUGUUCCCCCUUUGCCGGAAUCAUAUACAGCUGUGUGAAUGCCGAGACUUUUCUCAAUUGCCCCCCGCAAAUGUGGAAAAACGAGAGACCCUGUAAUUUGGCCAAGCAAUUCGCCGAGCAGUGCAAUCCCCUGCCCCAUGUUCCGUUGCCCAGCAGCUGA